ACAUGUUAACAUUUUUGAGUCAAGUAGUGCAGUCACUAUAAAGUAACUAUUUUCGUUCUAGUGAUAUUUCAUUAGAAUAUAUACAGAUUGGUAUACAUGUGUAGUGCUAUUCUCCAUCUUUAAUCCCGACAGUACGUUUAUAAUUGUUUACGAAGCGUGGGUUGCAGUGAUAACAAAUUUACUGCGUGUUUAUACGCAUUUUAUUUGUAAAUAUAUAUUAAUAAUUUUUGUUAAAAUAGUCAUUUAAAAAUGCAAUCUUAAUUCAAGGCAAUGCCUUGGUAAUAAUAGGUUCUCUAAAAAGGCAAAUAUUAAUAUAACUUUGUUAGAGUUUGUGAAGCUAAUUACAUUGAAUAAAAAUGUUUGGACAAUCUGGAAAUACAUCUUUCUCUGGUUUUAAUACUGCUACUCAAAGUAGUCCUUUUGGUCAAUCCGCAUUCAGUAAACCAAUUACAACGACUAGUUUUGGAAUCGGUACAACUCCAGUCUUUGGCAGCAGUAAUACUUCACUCUUCAGUUCAAAACCCGCUGGUUCUUCGACUAGUGGAUUAUUUGGCAAUACCACUACACCACCAGCAUUUCGACAACAGACCACUACUCAGCCUUCUUUUGGAGCUUUUGGUACUACCAGUACUAAUACUAAUCUAUUUGGUACGCAACAAAAUGCAACGCCAAACCUUUUUGGGACAAGUACAGCAACGUCUGCAUUUGGUCAAGGAAAUAAAACUGGUGGAUUCAGUUUUGGCAGCCCAGCUUCCAACAAUUUAUUUGGACAACCACAACCAACAACUCAACAAGUUACACCUUUUGGUCAAACUAAUACAACUGGAACAACAAAUCUAUUUGGUACAACUACUGGUUUUAGUAGUACACCUGCUAAUACAGCUAUGACAGGGACAGUGGUUAAAUUUACGCCACUUAUAACAACAGAUUCUAUGACAAAAAAUGGUACAGCUCAUAGCAUAUCUGGACGGCAUUGUUGCAUUGUAUCAAUGAAGGAAUAUGAGAACAAAUCGUAUGAGGAAUUACGUUUCGAAGAUUAUUCGGUUGGUCGAAAAGGUCCCCAAGGUCCACAAGGACCAAAUACUGGGCUUUUUGGGUCAGCUGCGCAGCCUUCUCCUUUUGGAAAUACAGCAGCUGGCACUAGUACUGCUGCAACAGGUUUUAGUGGAAUGAGUGGAGGUUUUGGGACUACUAGUCAGUCUGGAUCCAAUAAUCUUUUUGGUAAGCCAAUGACAAAUUUUGGAGGACAACCAGCAACAACAGCAAAUACUUUUGGAUUCAAUUCUACUACUAACACAAAUCUUUUUGGCAAUAAUACACAAGCUAAACCUUUUGGUACCGCAGCACCGACGUCACUUUUUCCAACGAAUAAUACUAACCAAACUGCUGGCACAGGUUUUGGCAAUAUUAAUACUACCCCUAAUACAGGAUUUGCAUCUACAUUUGGUACUCAACCUAAUCAGACAAUCGGAUUAUUUGGUCAAAAUAAAUCGGCAUUUAAUAUACCAGCGACAUCAACUGGAACUGGUUUUACAAAUUUUGGACAAACAUCCGUAAGCAAUAGCGGGACAUCUUUGUUUAAUACAAAACCUGCUAUGACCGGAUUUGGAGUUUCAACAUUUGGCUCAACACCAGCACCUUUGAGCUUUGGGACUAAUACAGGUUUUAAUACAGGCCAAAAUACUGGGAAUUCACUAUUUAAUUCAUCAUUUAAACCAGCAGGACAAUCUCCUGGUUUUUCUUUUGGUUCAACUGGUACACCUUCUACGGGUCUUGGCACCAAUACAGGUUUAAAUUUAGGUGGUGGUUCAACGCUAUUUGGUCAGCAAAAACCAUCUGGAGUUUUCGGAAAUACAGGAAAUACUACAUUUAAUAAUCCUGGUUCAUUUGGAGGAACAUCUUUUGCUUUUGGGACAAAUAAUACAAUGCCUGGACAAGGAACUGGUUUACUUAGUGGAUUAGCACCAAAUCAAGUAAAACCUUCUGGUAACGUUCCUGUACAUGAACAAAUUUUAGCAUUAGUAUCAUCACCUUUUGGUGAUUCACCUUUAUUGAAAAACUUAUUACCAGCAUCUGGGAAAACUGAAGAGCUUUUAAAACCCACAAAUGCAGCAUCUAGGAUGUUAAACAGCCCACAAUAUAAGGUGGCAACUAGCAAUAAAUCACCAAAACUUAAAACAAGAAUGGUUAGCAAUACUCAGCUAUCCAAGAAAUCAUUAUUUGAGGGUCUUGAAGAAGAAGAUCCAGUAUUAUCAGAAGCAUUUCAACCACGACCAAAUGCAAAACGAUUGGUAUUACGACCUAAACCAAUUACAAAUUCUACUACAGAGUCAUCAAAUGAAAAUUCUGAAUCUCAUGCAAAGAAUGAUAGCAGGGAAGAGAGAUUAGAUAAUUCCAGUUUACACAAUAGCAGUAUUGAAGCUGUUGAUAAAGAAAAUAAAAAUGUAGAAACAAAUAAACAAUUUUCAUCUGAUCGAAAAUCAUCUACAUCAUGGUUGAGAUCAACUUUUCCACGAAAAGGAAAAUCACUAUGCGAUGAUGAAUUAUUCGAGGGACAACGAUCCCCAUUUUCUGAAUCUAAUAAUUCACAAGAAAUAAUAAACAAUACAAUAUCUGAGUUAAAUGCUCACAAUAAUUUAAACAAUCAAUCUGAUGCAGAUAUAGCUAAUUUCCCAGACUCAGUUUUGAGUGGAUCGUUAGUUGAUAGAAGUUCAAUUGAUUUAACUUCACAAAUUACAGAUACAAGCCAAGAAUUAGAUGCGAAUUUAUUGUCCUCGUCGCAAAAUAAUUGGUCCAAUAAUUUAGCUCAAGUAACACUCCAACGAGUGGGAUAUUAUACAAUUCCUUCGCUGGAUAAAUUAGAUGAUUAUGUUGAUGUUUGUGCUAAAACUUGUAUAGUACCAAACUUUACUGUAGUACGUGAUGGAUAUGGCAAUGUCUAUUUUCCAGAUUCAUUUGAUAUAUAUGGUUUAAAUUUAGAUGAAAUAGUACACUUUCGACACAAAGAAGUUAUAAUUUAUCCGGAUGAUGAAAAAAAACCACCAAUUGGUCAAGGUUUAAAUCGAAAAGCUCAAGUUACAUUGGAGAAAGUAUGGCCGCACGAUAAAACUCGACAUGAACCAAUUACGGACCCACAUAGAAUAGCUGCUAUGAAUUAUGAAGAAAAAUUACGUAAAGUAUCAGCCAAACACGAUACUAAAUUUCUUGAAUAUCGCCCAGAAACUGGAUCAUGGGUAUUUAAGGUCGAUCAUUUCUCAAAAUAUGGCUUAAGCGAUUCAGAUGAGGAAGAUAAUAACGUGCCACCUAAAACAGAUGUGAAAAAAUUAAAAAUAGCUAAUUUGCAACAACAAUUACCCGACAAAGUGGAGCAACAAAAAUCUUUGAGUAAAAAUGGUGCUAUCGCGUUAGAUAGUAACUUAAAAGCAGGAGAGACACGACUUUCAGAAAUGGAGUGUGAUUUUUUAGGAACGGAUCAUGAUUUGUCUAAUUCCAGAAAUUAUAGUGGCAAGAAAAAAUCUGUAAUCAGUCCUACGACAGCUUAUGCACGAAUUACUGGUACGGAUUCCCACAAAUUGCAAUUAAUGAAAGCAAGUUUUUUUGAUACAGGCGAUGAAGAAAUGGAUCAAGAAUCAGUUCAUGAAACAUUGCCAGUUUUAACAGGGAAAGAUUUAUCAAACAAAUUUUUUAAUAUGGAUUCCAAAAUCGAUCGACAAAGUAUUUCGACUAUUUAUACCCCAAUAUUACGAUCUAAUUUUAUAUCUUCCCAAACAUCAUUAUCAACUAAUGAAGAACAAAUGCUCAAUGAAACAACUAUUCAUUCAAAAUCUAAAUUAACAAGUGGCAUUACUAGUAUUCAGACAUUUAUUUUUAAUAAACCUUUCCCUGACCCUUCAAUAAAACCAAUCACCAAAAUUAUAAGAUGCCAAUCAGAAGUAAUUCCACUAUCAGAAUCUAUUUUGAAAAAAUUACAGUUUCGUUGUGCAGCAGAUUUUGGUAUACAAAUGGGAAGAAUAUUCAGAUCAAGGUGGGGUAUGGGCUUGACAUUGCUUUCUUUAAGUACACAAGAACAAGCAGCUAAAAUACCACUGCAGGGUACAUUUGAUCAGUUGGGAUCUUACAUAUGUGGUCGUAUACCAGGUGAUACAACUUCAAUGAAUGUCGUGCAACGUUUACAAAUUUUGGGAGGUAAUGGAGUAGAACCGGAAUAUAUUCAGAUGUUUAAGGAAAGUGUAGAAAGACACUUAAAAAUUCAGCUUGCUAAUUGCAUUAUGGGACACGAAGGAGAUUGUCCAACUUUUAACGUAGCGACAGAAACAGCUAGUACUACUUUGAGUUAUCAUAGCAAAUUAGCUCAAGAAUUAGCUGAACAGUUUUCUUCAGACCCUAUGAUGGUAUAUACUAAAACAGUAUUUAAAUUAUGUAUGGCACUUUGGGGAGAUCUCCCUGACAUAAACAUAUCCACCGGAAAUGCUAAGCAUCAUAAUGUAAUGGUAAGAAGGGAAGCUGUAGGUGAAUGGCUCCAAAGUGUUGUUAAAGAAACUCUAGAACAAGAAAUUGUUGAUCUUGAAACGAAUGAUAAAAUAAUACUUUCACUGCUUACUGCACUAAGAUUGGAAGAAGCAUGUCAAAUAGCUAGAAAAGUUGGAGACCACUGCUUAGCACUGUUAAUGGCACAAUUGCGAAGUGGAUUACCUGUAAAAGAAAUGGUGAAACAGCAACUUGCAGUAUGGCAAGAUUUGGAUGUUGAUGAAAAUCUUUCUAUGGAUCGGUUAAAGUUAUUCACUCUAAUAGCUGGCGAGCCUCUUAUUUCUAGCAAACAUGGUACCAUCAAUAUUUGCGAAGGACUUGAAUGGAAGAGAGCUUUAGCUGUUCAUUUAUGGUAUUUGUCUUCUCCAACUGCUUCAAUAACAGAUGUUUUGGAAUUGUAUGAAGGAUCAUUUAAUGUUGAUCCCACUGAAGCAUAUUCGGUAAUACCACAACCUGAAUACAAAAAUAAUGAAUAUGAUCCAGAAAUAAAUAAUAAAAAAUCAGUAUACGAUUUAUGCUUUCAUAUAUUAAAAUUAUAUUGUACUGGAAACCAUUCCAUGGAAAACCUUUUGAACCCAUUAACAUAUACCCUAGAUCCAUUUGAUUACAGACUCAGUUGGUUGAUGCAACAAACACUACUCAGUUUGGGUUAUUCGCAUCUUUCCGAAUACGUAACAGCAUUGACGCAUAUUAAUUUUGCAACUCAAUUAGAGGGAUAUGGCUUAUGGCAUUGGGCUAUUUUUGUAAUAUUACAUUUAAAAGAUGCUGGGCGUAGACGUACUGCGGUAUUAGAUUUAUUAGCGAGACAUGUAGAGAUAGAUGACAUUCCUGAAUAUAUUAAACAAGAAGAAUUUUUAAAAGAAGAGUUAGGCAUACCAUCGGCAUGGAUUCAUCAAGCCAAAGCCAUGAAAAGUCGUGUUAGUAAAAGGUAUGGAGAAGCAGCAUGGUAUUUUAUACAAGCGGAGCAGUGGAAUAUGGCUCAUGAAAUUAUUAUUGAACAUUUAGCAGCCGAUGCUAUAAUAAAUGAAAAUUACGAGUAUCUUCAAGCUUUGCUCAAUCCAAUGGUACCUGAAGAAUGUAGCAGUUUAAUUAGUAAUUGGCCUCAUCGAGGACAAUUACUUUGGGAUUAUAUAGAAAUCACAACGCAAAUUCAAAACUUAUUAAAUUCUUCCGAUUCUUGUGCAAUAAAUUAUAAAUUGGAAUUGUUGAAACCUAGAUUGACGUCAUUAUGUUCAAAAAUAGAACAAUUUCCUUGUCUUACUGCUAAACACAGAUUGUGUCAAGCCGAGAUAGCAAAGAGAACAUUGCACGUAGCUAAAAAUUUGCUUAUACUGCAGGCAAAUGAAAAUACACCGAUGCUAAAGGUAUUAAUUUAUCUAAUCUCGCAAUUACCAUUACCGGAAGAUUAUGCCCAACAAGAGUUACGGCCAAUUAUAAAUAUGUGUGCAAGUGAGGCGGUUUCGCAGAAAGCAUAGUUUAUUUUGUUAUAAGGUAAUUUAAUAAUGUGCUAUAUGAACAUAAGUUCUUUAUAUUCCGUUCGAAAAUGGUAAAAACUUAUAAUUUAUAAAACAAUAAAUAAUGUAAUGUUCGUUUGUUUAUAAUACUUAAGGAUUUUUUUUCUCAAAACAAGAAAUAACAUAAUUAACUAACAACAGUUUUAAUAACUAAAA